AUGUGGCUUGAUCGGCUUGCAGUGCAGUCGAACCCGUCUCCCUCCUCGUCGCAACCCGGCAGCCGUCCUUACUCCCCACUCCCACGACGAACAUCGAGCAGCCCCUAUGUGACCUCGCAAAGACCUGGCCUCACACCGAGAGGCUCACAGCUCUCCCUUAUCUCCAACGACUCCUCGACCUCGCUCCUUGCUUCUCGCAGAGUCAAUGGCUCGUCCGGCUUGAAGCAGUCCCAAACCACCUAUGAUGGGCCGGAUUCGGUGGAGAUUUUGGGCCAGAUCCUGGGCACGACAUCAUUCGCCGAAUCCGCUGUGAAUAGGACGACGGGCACAAUUGGCGAACAGGAUUUGGAGUUGAACUUCGAUUUCGAUGGGCUGAGUCUUCGACAGCUUGCCAGCUCCAACAAGGCUGACACAGGAGAUGCGGAUAGCUACCGGCGGCAAACCACAGAAGAAUUCGAAACCAGCAAAGCGCAGUUUGAGGAUCUGCAUCGAUCCAUUGCGGCAUGCGAUGGCGUCCUCAGCUCCGUCGAAACCAACCUCACGAGCUUCCGUAACGAUCUUGCGGCUGUUUCCGCAGAUAUAGAAAGUCUACAAUCCCGCUCCACGGCGCUCAAUGUGCGAUUGGAGAACCGGAAGGCAGUCGAGAAGGCGUUCGGCCCAGUCGUCGAGGAACUAAGCGUCUCCCCCCACGUGGUAUCCAAAAUAUCCGAGGGGCAUAUCGACGAGACCUGGGUGAAGAUGCUGGCAGACGUGGACAAGCGAGCCGCUUCUUACAAGAAGAGUAUAGCAAGCCAAGGAGAGAGCAAGGCCUGGGCGGAUCUUGGGCCACUGUUGGAGAAACUGACGAUGAAGGCUGUCGAACGAAUACGGGACUUCAUAGUGGCCCAAAUUAAGGCCCUACGGUCCCCUCAUAUUAACGCCCAAAUCAUUCAGCAGCAGAACUUCUUGAAGUUUAAAGAGCUAUACGCCUUUCUGCACAAGCACCACUCCAAGCUCGCAGAAGAAAUCAGCCAGGCCUACAUGAACACCAUGAGGUGGUACUAUGCAAACCAGUUUACGCGGUAUCAGAAAGCGUUGGACAAGCUCAAGCUGCACAUCAUUGAUAAAAAUGAUGUUCUGGGCCAUGAAGAACCGACUCGAAGGGCCACGGUCCUGUCCGCCACGAAAUCCACUGGCCCGCCGCAUGAUGCCUUCAACUUAGGCCGCCGGAUUGAUCUCCUGAAGACAAGCAAUGCAGCCGCCCUCUCCUCUUAUCUGGCCGAGGAGGACCAAACCACGCACUAUCUGGAGUUUCCUUUCAGGAACUUCAACUUGGCGCUCAUAGACAACGCCACUGCGGAAUACACUUUCCUAGCCGCCUACUUCUCGCCGCCGCUGUCAUUACAGGCGGUUUCGCGACAAUUCAACUACAUCUUCGAACCUACUUUUGCGUUGGGCAGGACGCUGACCAGGACACUGACUGCCGAGUCUUACGACGCUCUGGGCUUAUUGUUGUGCAUACGUCUCAACCAGCAUCUGGCGUUCGAGUUGCAGAGGCGCAAGGUCCCCGCCGUCGACGGUUACAUCAACAUGACGACCAUGCUUCUGUGGCCUAGGCUACAGGUGGUGAUGGAUCACCACUGCGAGUCGGUGCGGCAGCUCACCAACUCUUUGCCCACCAAACCCAGGGCCGCUGACCAGAACAAACUGUCGGCGGCGCCGCAUCUCGUCACACAAAGGUUUGGCCAAAUUCUCCAAGGCGUUCUGGCGCUCAGCACCGAAGCCGGGGACGACGAGCCUGUGGUUGCCAGCUUGCGUCGCCUACGGUCCGAGGCGGAGGCCUUUUUGACGCGCCUCAGUCAGUCGUUCGGCGAUAAACGAAAGCGCGAACGGUUUCUCUACAACAACUACUCGCUGAUCUCGACAAUUAUCAGUGACGUUACUGGGAAACUGGCCGUGGAGCAGCAGGAUCAUUUCGAGGGACUGAAGUCGGCAUUCCAGGAGGGUGUCUAA